UCUCUCUUCUUUCUUGGCAAGAACAUUUGGUUUGUGUCAUCAAUAAUCAACCAAUCAUGUUUCAGUUGAUUAUGAUGUUAUUGUUGUUCUUCCCUAAGAACGUAGUAUCAGACCCAACUGGUGGAGAGUUCAACUUCAAUGGCUUCCUAUACGCUGCAGGAUCAGCCCAUCUAAAAAGCAAUGGCCUCUUCAGGCUUACCAACACUACCGCACAAACAGCUGGUCAAGUCUUCUACAACUACCCGUUGAGGUUCAAGGACUCUCCAAACGGUACCGUCUUCUCCUUCUCCACCACUUUCAUCUUUGCCAUAGCUUCACAUUAUGGAGCUGAUAACGGCCAUGGACUAGCCUUUGUCCUUUGUCCCACGAGAGGCUUAUCAAACGUUGAUCCCACACAGUAUCUAGGACUCUUCAACUCAACCAACAUGGGAGAUCCAUCAAAUCACAUAGUAGCUGUUGAGCUUGACACAGUCCAAACCGCUGAGUUUAAUGACAUUGAUUCUAACCAUGUUGGUAUUGACAUAAACAGCGUGAUCUCAGAGGUAGCUUCUUCAGCAGGCUAUUUCAAUGAUGAUGGUACGUUUGUGAAUCUCUUCCUCUCCAGUGGAGACCCUAUGCAGGUUUGGAUUGAGUAUGAAAGCAAACAGAAGCAGCUUAAUGUCACACUUCAUCCUCUUGAUGUCUCAAAGCCAAAGACUCCGCUCCUUUCUCUAGAGAAAGAUCUUUCUCCUUAUUUACUUGAGUAUAUGUACGUUGGAUUCUCUUCAUCCACUGGUAUAAGAACUGCUUCUCAUUAUAUAUUGGGGUGGACGUUCAAGAUGAAUGGGACAGCUCCAGAUAUAGACACCGCUCACCUUCCAGAGGUUCCUCGUUUUGAUCAGCCAAGGGACCAGAGUGUAAAGGGGGUUAUGGCUAUAACUUUGAGCUUAUCAGGCAUCACUAUGCUCAUAGUCUUGAUUCUUGGCUUAUGGCUUUUCUUGAAGAGGAAGAAGCUAUUAGAAGUUAUUGAGGACUGGGAAGUACAGUUUGGUCCUCAUAGGUUUGCUUACAAAGAUCUACACACUGCCACAAAGGGUUUUAAGGACACUGAGCUUCUCGGUAAAGGCGGGUUUGGAAAAGUCUUCAAGGGCACAUUACCAGUUUCCAACAUAGAGAUUGCAGUGAAGAUGGUUUCUCAUGAUUCAAGACAAGGGAUGAGAGAGUUCAUUGCUGAGAUUGCAACCAUUGGCCGGCUAAGACACCCUAACUUAGUUAGGCUUCUUGGAUACUGUAGAAGGAAAGGUGAACUCUACUUGGUGUAUGAUUGUAUGCCCAAAGGAAGCCUUGAUAAGUUUUUAUACCACCAGCAGAAUGGGAAUCUUGAUUGGUCAAAGAGGUUCAAGAUCAUUAAAGAUGUAGCUUCUGGUCUAUGCUACUUGCACCAGCAAUGGAUGCAGGUGAUUAUCCACAGGGAUAUUAAGCCAGCCAACAUCCUUCUUGAUGGGAAUAUGAAUGCAAAACUUGGUGACUUUGGUCUAGCUAAGCUUUGUGAUCAUGGGAUUGAUCCGCAGACAUCUUAUGUGGCAGGGUAUAUCUCACCUGAGCUUUCAAGAACUGGAAAGGCAAGUACAAGCUCAGAUGUAUUCGCAUUUGGAGUGGUGAUGCUAGAGAUUGCCUGCGGACGAAAACCGGUGUUGCCACGAGCAUCGGAAAGCGAGAUGGUGCUGACUGAUUGGGUGCUGGAGUGUUGGGAGAAUGGAGAUAUACUGCAGGUUGUUGAUCAAAGGAUUGGGCAGGAGUACAUUGAGGAGCAAGUAAAACUUGUUCUCAAACUAGGCUUGCUCUGUUCGCAUCCAGUAGCAGCCAUCAGACCAAACAUGUCCAGCAUCAUUCAGUUCCUGGACAGUGUAGCUCAACUUCCUCAUAACUUGCUUGACAUUAUGUCAGCUCAAGAAAUCAAUAGAGGUGCUCAAAUCUCAUGUGAAGCAGGUAAUUCUCCUCAGUCCAGUUCCCUCGCUUCAUUGACCUUCACUGAAUCCUUUGUCUCUCAUGGACGGUAGAAGAUGAAAACACAGA